AUGAAUCUUUACACUCCCGGUAAUGGGUUGUUUGGAACGCAUGUAACUUGGGAGGAUAUUGAGAAAGAUAUGCAGAAAGAUUUAUAUACCAGCGCCUUAUUUGCUCCAAACAAGACUGCUAAAAAUAUCGCAGAAGGCGGAUUUAUGUCUAGGAUUGUCCUCGUAGACCCAGACUGGCAAAAUGAGGACAAGGAACUCCCGAAACAGUUCAUCGUUAAAAUUAUCACUCAAUUGCCAAUGUUGAAGCUAACGAAAGAAAUGGGAAGAGAUAUCGAUUUUCAAAGUAGCUUCGAGGGUCUUCUGGAAAUUAUAUCUUUGGGAAAUUGUAUUUCUAUCUGA